AUGAGAGGGAAAGAGGGGAGGACAGUCCGCCUCUGCAGCGCUGCAAGGACAGUUUGAACAUCUCUGGGACGCAGAUGGACCGAAGCUCUCAAUAAUCACACGCUCUUCACCAUGACAACCACGCCAAUCACUGCACUGGACUGACAGCUGUCAAUCAACAGGAGAAGAUUAUCAGGAUCACCUGCCACAGGAGAGAUUAUAAGCUACAAUAAGGGACCUAAGCAGAGUAAUUCCAAUUUAUGUUUGGUUAGAAGUUGCUAUCUAGAGGAAAAUUGGCAAUUUUUGAUACCUCAACUGAAUGCCUGCAUGCGUUCACAUGUGUAUGCUUUAGGGGGAGCGUGCACAAGGUUGUCUUGCUGUGUAUCAGGGUCACGGUCUUGCUGGCUUUCACCCGUCAGUGCAGUGCCACAAUAAGCUUCGUUAGAGCCCGUUUUAGUGGGUAGCUCUGUUUAUUUAGCAUUUUAUCCACGAAAACCAUGAGUGAGGGCAAGAAGGCGUUAGAGAUGAGGGACAAAGCCAUCAUGCACCAGCAGAGGAGACUGAAACAGGCCACCCAGUUCAUGCACAAGGACUCCGCGGAUCUUCUGCCUCUGGAUGGGCUGAAGAGGUUGGGAACCUCCAAAGACCUGCAACCCCAUAGCAUCGUUCAGCGCCGUCUCCUGGAGGGCAACAUUCCACGUUUGCGUGGAGAGGCCCGGGACGUCCCAUCUCAUAUUCGCUCACCCCUGGCAGACAGCAAAGAGGGCGGAGAGCCGGAGGAUAGGAGCGAGAGCACAGUGGAUGACUCCACGGAGGAGAGGGAGUCUCCGGAGGAGAGCGAGAAGAGCCUGAGGUCUGAUGAGGAUGAGGAUGAUGAAGAUGAAGGGGACAGCAGCGAUGCAGGUGGAAAGACAGAGCCCAAACAGAAAAAUAAAAUGGAAGACGAGACAAAGAAAGGUCUCAAAGAGGGCGAGAGUGCAUCCACCCUUUCAGCUCUAGUGGUCCAGUGUAAAUGCGAAGAUGCAGAGGUGAUGUUAUCCAUAAACACAGGGUGCCAACCAUUAUCAAUUUAUGUAAUUUUAUUAGUGAAACUGAGCGUCCAAUUGAAAACCAACCUUGAAGACAAACCUCAUGACAAGCUGCCGCUCAGUGAUUCGACAGUGGAGACAGUGAAGUCCCUGCACCUGCAGCUGGGCAGAGAAAGAGUGCAAUGCACUGCCCAGGUCAUAGAGGACGCCACAUUUGAGAUGUGUCUGGGUCUACAGACUCUGCUGGAACUCAAAUGCUGUGUGGACCUGAACUCCAGAGUGCUCCGGCUCCACAGCACAAAGCAGGAGCUUCCCUUCCUGGAUCCACCUGCCUGCAGCCAGUGCCAUCACCAUGACAACAACAAAAACAUGUGACCUCGGACCUACGUGCCCAACAGCUGCCAUGACCGUACCCAAGUAAUCAGAGAGGAAGUUGACAGAAGGAUGCCUGCAUCUGGACUGUAGUGUUCCCUUGUGCCAGAUCAACAUAGACAGGCCUCUCCUCUCUCAUCUUUCCUUCUUUGUUCUUCGUUGUUUGUUUCUGUGCUAUUACAGAAAUCUGCCAACUAUGAUUUUUCAUUAUUAUUUGCUGUGCUAAACUAGUUUUUUGGGGGGGUACACAGUUAAUCCUUCAAAAAUUGAACUGUUUGACGAUUGAUGAGUAAUAUUCUCUAACUGGUGAUUUUAAUUACAAAGUAAAUUAUAUUCUUGUGUAAGAGAGUUCAUGAAAAGCUGCACACCUUGGGUUUCCUAACCAAUCACCAAGCCUGAUUUUAUACUUUUAAAUGUCUCAAAAAAAAAAAAACUAUCAGAAAAAAACUCAAACUUAGCUAGAAAUCUCUCGCCCAAAAUUGCCUUUUACUAACAAAGAAUGUGUUUUCGGACCUCAUUUUUCACUUUAGAAAGCCAACUCUGCCCUUAGAUGAUAAGAAGCCCAAUCAAAUAUUAAUUGCAGCCUUGGGCUGCAAUCUCACUCAAUGACCCCCAAACCAAGCAAAACACUUCAUCUGAUUUUAUAGACGUCCCCUCUUGUAUUUUUCUGUUUUCGGUACGUCAAAGUGUGUAGGACUGAGUAAAUGCAUUUCUGGUUGACGGCUGAUUUCUCCUCUUCUAGAGUCCAGUUUCUAGAAACCCUGUUCUGUUGCUGCUCAGUCUGUCCUCACCAGAGACAUUUUCUCCUACACCCACACUUUGCUUAUUCUUCUGUUUGUUCGCUCAUAAGCGCAACUAUGACUGUCUUAGUACAGCCAAAAGCUCCCACUAAAAUGCUAGCCGAUGACCUAAAGGGCAUCUAUGUCCCACACAAACUCUCCCUAAAUGGUGCAGAUAAUUAAAUUGUUGGCACACAACGCUCAAUUACCCUAAUCAUCUAGCCUUUUAACAAUAUGGAUGACCUUUCAAUGCAGGACAUCCACAUAAUUGCCGAUUUUAUGUUCUUCCCUUUCUUUCUAUGCUGUGUGAAGGGCAACUAUACGAAAAAAAACAGUUUAUUUUUGGGUGUUUUUUUGGUUUCCUUUUCUCUGAACAGUAUUUUCUCUGCCUAAAUAAAAUAAAUAUGUAUUCUGGCUAUGAAGGUCUCUGGUUGUCCUCAAUGCACAGAUCUAGGAAACAACACUUGCGCUACUGCUGGCAAAAACAGUGCAACAGUGCUACAACUCACUCUUGCACUUGAAGGUUCCACACAGAGGUUCACGUGGCUGUAAUGUUAGUUUGCCCGAGGCAGUAAACGGGCUAUUUUAAGCUUCUUUCAUCUGAUGAUGGAGGGAAACGAUGUUCCCACAACCAUACAGAGCCACAUGGGAUGACAUCAUUGACCCUCCACUGAGGGCAGGCUGCUCCUGUUC